AUGACCCCCAUUUCAUGGCGCGCUGGCGGUCGUUCAUACUCUGGUGAGAGGCUCUGCGAUCGAUCAACCGGUGUGUGUCUGGCAACAUGUCAUGCGGCUAGCGGUGUCUUGGCCGUCUUGGUCCCCUGGCGCCGUUCCCCGGGAGCUGUGUGCUGGGGGAACAUGCACAUUCUGGAUCAGAUCCGGCGGUCAAGCGUGCAAACCGUCACAAGGAUACUGCAGCCGUUGGGUGCAGCAUAG